AGCUUCCCCUCGCAUUCGAUCUGUCCUUUGUACCUCUUAAGCUUUAAACCUCCCUUCUCCCCAAUCUCAAAUCAUCUCUCUAAACUACCACGCACAAUGCUCCGCCAAACUAUCAUCCGACCUGCCGUCGCUGCCAACCGGGCUUUGCUGACUCGGUCCUUCUCUGUUGCUGCGCCCCGAAUGGGCGAAGGUGACACUGGCGCCCCUCGCUCUGGAGGCUCUGCUGCGAGUGACUCCUUCACCAAGCGUGAGGCCGCCCAGGAGGCUCUCUACAUCCGUGAGAAGGAGCUCGAGAAGCUGGCCCAGCUGCGCAAGAAGAUCAACGAUCAGCGCGCCCACCUCGACGAGCUCGAGGGUCACAUUAACAAGUUGACAAAGGACCAAUCCGGCGGCAAGAACUAGAUAUACUACAUGCAAAUUGCUUCUGCCCUUCCCCAUUCCCAGCGAAGAGUGCCCACCCUCCAAUUGCCGUGUACCAUACCAUUAUGAUCUCCCCUCUGCUUGAUACGCCAUGGAUAUGUGAUUCGAGGAUUGGGAUUCGUCCGUGGACGGUGCAACCGGCAUGUUGUUAGAUAUGACAGGCAGCCAUAGCAUUACAUACAUACCUGGAGUUCCUCGAUU